AUGAAGCGCUUCAAGAAGGAAGACGAGGACGGGGAGAAAUACAAUCCGUAUCUCGCCCACACCUAUGACGACGAGAAGGUGGGAAAGAACGGCGAUGGCUACGACAGCAAAACGAACGGCCUCUUCCGCGGUCUGAAGCGGCACGAGACAACGUCCAAGCAGGCUGAGGAGGUUGAGGAUGCCGACUACAAUGCAUUCACGGGCGAGGCACAUUCGCAACAGUAUUUCAAGAUCCUCAAGACGAGGCGGGAUCUGCCAGUACACAAACAAAGGCAAGAGUUCCUGGAUAUGUACCACAGCACACAGAUCCUGGUCUUUGUUGGUGAAACUGGUUCAGGAAAGACGACCCAGAUCCCUCAAUACGUCCUCUACGACGAACUGCCGCAACUCAACCGCAAGAUGGUCGCCUGUACACAGCCCCGGCGAGUGGCUGCCAUGUCAGUGGCCCAGCGUGUCGCCGAUGAGCUGGACGUCAAGCUUGGAGAGGAGGUUGGCUACAGUAUCCGUUUCGAGAACGUCACCUCGCCUCAGACCGUGCUGAAGUACAUGACCGAUGGUCAGCUUCUGCGAGAGUCUAUGAACGACCACAAUCUUUCACGCUACAGCUGCAUUAUCAUCGAUGAGGCUCACGAGAGAACACUCGCCACAGACAUCCUGAUGGCUCUUCUCAAGGAUCUCUCCACAAAAAGGCCCGACUUGAAAAUCAUCAUCAUGUCUGCCACGCUGGAUGCGCAGAAAUUCCAGAGAUACUUCCACAAUGCGCCACUUCUUGCCGUCCCUGGUCGAACACAUCCUGUCGAGAUCUUCUAUACCCCCGAGGCUGAGCGUGAUUAUAUGGAGGCUUCCAUCAGAACCGUCCUUCAAAUCCACGCGACUGAGGCCGAGGGCGACAUUUUACUGUUCCUUACCGGAGAGGAGGAGAUCGAGGAUGCAUGUCGCCGAAUCAACCUGGAAGUCGACGAGAUGAUCCGGGAGUCGGACGCUGGUCCGAUGACGGUUUACCCCCUAUACGGCACUCUGCCCCCACAGCAGCAGCAGCGCAUCUUUGACAAGGCCCCUGACGCAUUCAAGAAGGGCGGCCGGCCUGGACGCAAAUGCAUUGUUUCGACCAACAUUGCUGAGACCAGUUUGACCAUUGACGGAAUUGUCUACGUCGUUGAUCCGGGCUUCAGCAAACAGAAGAUCUACAACCCCCGCAUCCGUGUCGAGUCACUCCUUGUCUCGCCCAUCUCGCGUGCCUCGGCCCAGCAGCGUGCUGGUCGUGCCGGCCGUACCCGACCAGGAAAGUGCUUCAGGCUGUACACCGAGCAGGCCUUCAAGAAGGAGCUGAUCGAGCAGACUUACCCGGAAAUUCUGCGUUCCAACCUGAGCAACACAAUCCUCGAGCUGAAGAAGCUUGGUGUGGAAGACUUGGUGCAUUUCGAUUUCAUGGACCCACCUGCCCCUGAGACGAUGAUGAGAGCCCUCGAAGAGCUGAAUUACCUGGCAUGUCUCGAUGAUGAUGGUGGCCUCACCACUCUCGGCAGCAUGGCUUCGGAGUUCCCUCUUGACCCAACCUUGGCCGUCCUCCUGAUCAGCUCUCCCGAGUUUUAUUGCUCUAACGAGAUUCUCUCGAUUGUCUCGUUGCUGUCAGUGCCGCAAAUAUUUGUCCGGCCGGCGAACAACCGCAAACGUGCCGAUGAGAUGAAGGCCCUCUUCACCCACCCGGAGGGCGACCACCUGACGCUCUUGAACGCGUAUCAUGCGUUCCGGGGCAAGAUAAACGAGGGCGCCGACAUGAAGAAGUGGUGCCAUGAACACUUCCUGUCGUACCGUCAUCUGGCCAACGCUGACAACGUUCGGGCGCAGCUCAAGCGUAUCAUGGAGGUGCAUAGCGUCGAGCUGAUGAGCACGCCGUUUGAGGACAAGAACUACUAUACCAACAUCCGCCGGGCGCUGCUGUCAGGCUUCUUCAUGCAGGUCGCCAUGCGCGAGAGCAACGGCCGUAUCUACCGCACCAUCAAGGACGACCAAUCGGUCAUGCUGCACCCCAGCACUGUCCUGAAGACCGAGUAUGAGUGGGUGCUGUACAACGAAUUCGUCCUCACCAACAAACAAUACAUCAGGACGGUAACUGGAAUCCGCCCAGAGUGGCUUCUGGAAAUUGCGCCCAACUAUUAUGACCUGGGCACGUUUGAAGAGGGCGAGGCCAAGAGGGCACUGAAGCGGGUUGAUGACAAGAUCCGGCGGAAGGAGGCAAUGAGGCAAGGGGCCCGCCGAUGA